CGGGGGGGCAGGCCCGGGGGCCGCGGGCAGACGGCGGCUGCGGCGGCGCCGAGCGGAGCGGAGCCCUAGCUCUUCUGCCCACUUGUAAGUGCAACUGGUAUGGGUAAUGGUGUGAGAGAAGGUCCAGUGGAUUUCAAACAGCAGGAUGUGGAGCCGGUUCCAUCAGCCCAUCUUCCCCCAGAGGAUAACCAGGAGAAUAAGAAGGUACUCAACUCCCUGAUGUCUGGGGCAUUGGCUGGUGCUGUUGCUAAAACUGCAGUAGCUCCACUGGAUAGGACAAAAAUCAUGUUUCAAGUGUCUUCAAAAAGAUUUUCUGCCAAGGAAGCCUACAGGCUGAUCUAUCGCACCUACCUCAACGAGGGCUUCUGGAGCCUCUGGAGAGGGAACUCAGCCACCAUGGUCCGGGUCAUCCCCUAUGCUGCCAUCCAGUUCUGUGCCCAUGAGGAGUACAAGCAGCUCCUGGGGAGUUACUACGGCUUCCAGGGAAAAGCGCUGACACCCUUUCCUCGGUUCAUUGCUGGCUCUCUGGCAGGCACCACAGCUGCCAUCCUAACCUACCCCCUGGACAUGGUCCGUGCUCGAAUGGCUGUCACGCCCAAGGAGAUGUACAGCAGUAUUGUUCAUGUCUUCAUCCGGAUAUCCCGAGAGGAGGGAUUGAAGACAUUGUAUAGAGGGUUUACACCAACCAUCCUUGGAGUGAUUCCAUACGCUGGGCUUAGCUUCUUCACCUACGAGACACUGAAGAAAAUACAUGCAGAUCACAGUGGGAAAUUGCAGCCAUCCCCUCCGGAGAGGCUUUUGUUUGGUGCCUGUGCAGGCUUGAUUGGCCAGUCAGCUUCUUACCCCCUGGACGUGGUUCGCCGGCGGAUGCAGACGGCGGGGGUCAUGGGACACACGUACAGUUCCAUCCUUCUCACCAUGCAGGAGAUUAUAAGAGAAGAGGGACUAAUCCGGGGCUUGUACAAAGGACUCAGCAUGAACUGGGUCAAAGGUCCAAUUGCAGUGGGAAUAAGCUUCACAACCUUUGACCUGACGCAGAUCCUUCUCCGUAAAUUACAGCACAGCACUAAUGUUGAAAGGUAGUAGCUUAAUCCCCACAGCCCUUGCUGGGGAAAAGUGCAACACGUGUAGAAACAGCAAUGCUAGUGUCCCCCCACUUUGUACCUGCUCUCCUGCAGCCCACAACUUACCUUUCUUGUUUGGUUGUUUGGGUUUGGUUUUUUUUUCCCUAUUGUUGGAUUCUUAUUUUUUUUCUUUUUAAUGAGCCUCUGAGUUACUUGGAAACCUCAACCUGAAACUAACCUUUUCCUGAGCAAAAUCCUUCUUACAGUUCUGCAGAACGGAGUCCUCUAAAGUAGCUGCCUCCCCCUUCUGUUUUACUCUUUGAUUCCAGGAGUGGAGCCUCUCAAACAAACCUGUGCUGCUGCUGGCUCCUCACCUGGGCUCUGUGGGCAGAUGAAGGGGUGGAUGAUGAAAGGAAGGACUUGGUGCUGUGGGAAUGAACCCCUGGGUCUGGGGAGUGACUGCUGCUCCUGGUAGGCAGUUCUGAGUUCCUGAGCAUAUCUUAGCUGGGAGCAGUCUGCCAAGUGCAAUAUUCCAGGUUAGUCUCUUGGGAAUUCCAGAUUCCUCUGACCUGUAAGCGUUGGUCUCCAUGAAACAGGACACAGCAGGAUUGAACAGGUCCAGGUUUUGUUCUGGAAGUUGAAUGUGAGCUCCAGCUGGACAUGCUGCCCUUUUUCAAAUGUUCUUCUCAUUUUCUGGGUUUUGUUGCAUAAAACAUCCCUUGCUUCCCAUGUCCCUCUGAGAUUACCAAAGACUGUAGACAGCAGGGGAGGGAAGUUCCGAGGGGUUUUGUAAAUCAAGUUCUGGUGUUUGUUGUCAGUGUUGCUGAGCAGGGGCUGUGCCUGGAUUCACAAACUGGAUUGAAUCAAACUGCACUCGUGCUUUUGGGCUGCCCAAACCCUUCCCAUGUUGUUGUGGUCUUCAAGGCAGCAUUUGCUGAGGGAUUGGACAGACUGUAGCAUCGGUGCACUAGAAAACAAGUAUUACAGACUUAAAACAUAAGCAGUUUUAUCCUUCAGUAUUAUUGUUGCUACUUUCAGUGUGAUGCAAGAACAAACCUCUCCAAGCUGUGAGAUGCAGAUCUCGCUGUCCCACCAGGCUGUUCACGUCUGGUGAGCUCCUGGCCCUGCUUCUGAACAACUUUGUUGUCUUUUGGUGUGUAGAUUCAUUCGUCCACACCUAAACCCACUUGCUUUUCCUCCUGGAGUUCUCCUGGACCAACUGUGUCCUUGGGAGAACAGGCUCCACAACCAGUAUUGACCUUUCAGAAAUCAUACAUAGUGCCAAUCAUUUCCAGUUGCAAUUUCAAAUCCAUAUUCAAAGAAAUGGGAGGUUUGGGGGUGGUUUUGUUUUAUGUUCUAUCCCUAUAUUAAAUGUGAAGUGCAAGAGAGAUCAGAGCAAGCUUUAGACCUCUCUGAGAAGCAGAUUACACAAACUAAGAUUGAAAAUCCCUUUCCAGCUGAUACAGUCUGAAAUGUGCAAAAGAAAAACAAGGCAUAAUUUAACAGCUGUCCUUUUCUGGUGUGUAUAUUUUAGCCAUUAUAGUCUGAGCCUUGUGUCAUGGCUUUAUUAAUGGGGCUGGAGAUAAUUGCACAAUUGGUAGGAAUAGCUUUCUCCUUUCUUCUGUCUUUGCACUUGUUCUUUGAAGCAUAACUCGCUUCUAAUGCCAAAUAUUUCCCAAGGAAUUGAGCACCUACACUUCCAUUUUGUGGCCAUGGCAGAGAGCCAGUGUACUGAAGCAUUAGUGUGCAUGUUGUUCCCAGAACACGUGGGAUGGAUCCUGCUUUAAUGGUUGUGGAUGGGCGGGGUGUUCACCUCAGUCAUUCCUGCCUCCCAGCCCACAAGGGAUGAUUUCCGUUGUGAAACUUGCCCACAGUCACUGAUUCACCUUGUAAUGAAUGUUAGGUGGUGUUUUAAGAGUCUUCAGAGAUGACAGCCAUGAUUUCUGUCUAUUUUUUGCUCCUGUUGCAAGUGGAAGGUGCUCAGCUGUUCUCUCCACUGGGGUGAAGUUUUGUUUAGUCCUUUACAAGAGUGUUGAUUUCUUUUCUCCAAUGGAGAAGCCAAUUAAUUCUGCUCUUUAUCUUGUCUGGCCCAGGGAGGAAAUACCAGGGCAGCUGCACCCUGCCCCAGAAGGGAGGUGCAGGGCAGCAGCUGGUUGUGCCUGCGUGUGUGUGACUGGGUGUGCAAUCCAUGCCAAGUUCUCAGCUUGGAGGCUGCCUGUCCAAAGGGUACUAUGUGAAGAGCAGAGGAAGCUGAGCUGUGGCAUCCAAGUUAGAGCUCCUUUGCUCUGCAGGAUGGUAGGUCAGCUUAGAGGCCAGCUCAGCAGACCUUGUCUUAGGAGAUGUUGAGCAUCACUUAACCCCUGGGGCAACAGAGGUGGCUUAAUUCCUCCUGGGUCUUGACUGAGAGAGGAUUUACACUGGAUGAUGAGCCUCUUGUUUGGGCCUGAACAGGAGGGCAGAUCUGCACAGAUUCUGCCACGUCAGGAGUGUUACACCAGGGGAAGCCCGUGGAGGAGGCAUCACUCACUUUGCAGGCAGCUGCUCUGGAGCCCUGGGACUCUGAGCUGAGAAACAAGACCUGAAACACAGCCAGACUUGGAAGCACUGGGCUCAGACAAGUUGUUCCUCAAUCAGCAGCUGCACCUGAUUUUAAUUAAAUGGAAUUUUAGCCAAACACCUUUGUCUAAGAUUUGCAGGCUGAGGGCUUGUUCAGAGACAGAUCUUUGAAUUCAGUCUGUAAUGGUUUUGGUGCUUUUGUUUCUUGGGCAAAAGUGCUCAGACUAACUGUGUGUUACUGCUUUGGGUGGUUUCAAAUAGCAUUGUUGGUUGGUGGUUUUUUUUUUGCUUCUCUGAUUUGAAUGUAGAAAGGGAGAAACAGAGUGUUCUCUUCCCUCCUCUUAAUCCUUGCAUGAAUUGAGAUGUGUUCCAGAUCUCUCUGCUGCCUGGAGUGAGUGUCUGAGCAGUUUGGGGCAUGCUGAUUGGGAAAGGGAGGGUGCCUGUGUGCUGGCCAAGGAGGUCCAUUGCCUUUAACUCUGAGGAAGGAGGCGAGUCUAAGGAAUAUUGCCUAGUCCUUCUUUUCUUUAGAACUUCUUUACUACCCCAAUUUCCCCAUCUUUUGCGUUUUAUUCUUCCCAAAUUCCUUGCUUUUAUUUUUCAAGUCCUGUUUCUCACUGUUCCUGAAUGCAUUGCUGCCAAACAUUAACUUGUGCUUUGUUUUUUUCCUUGUCUGCUCUCCCUCCUUCUCUGCUUCUGCACUUUUAGUCCUGCACUAGCACUUCAAGAAAAUCAGGUCCAGUGAAAUGCAUCCAAAAACGACAGAGUUGCAGCUUUGAUAGUGAUGCCCAGACAACCCAGCUCUGCCUCUCACUCCUGGGCAGGGGUGUUUGUGGGGUGGGGAAAGAUGUUAAAGGCAUUAAAUGUUGGGGCAGGUUUUGUUGUUUGGUUUGGGGUAUUUUUUUGAAGGUUCUUGAACUACUUGUCCAUCCUGGCACCUUUCCUCCUCCUAGCACCUUCCUUCUCAAGCUGUGAAGUGCUGCUGCUUCUCUUUUCCUCUUUUGGUACCUCCACAUGAUGCCCACUUGCUCAGUGACAGGGGCUGCUUGCUGGGCUGGCUGCCCAGGGUGAGGUGGUUCUUCUGGAAGCCUUGGAGGAGGGUCAGUUAGGGAGCUUGGAAAUGUGAGAGGUGGGAUCUGAGCUGAUUUCUUGCCAACCCCUCUGCCCUGCAGACCCCGUGCAGACCUCAGCUAGUUCUUGGGGAAGGUGGAGCUGCCUGGUGGUUGGCAGGGCCCUGGUGGGAGGAUCAGAGGAGGUGUCACAGCCUCCCUGAGGCCACGGGUGUCAGUGUGGGGUGGCAGUGACACUCCGUGGGAGCUGUCCCAGCAGCAGGGGCAGAGCUGCUGUGGAAGAGUAGUGGUGCUGGAGUUAAUUUCUGAUGGCCCUUCUGCCUGGAAGGGCUCGAGCACUGUCAUCUUCACCCUCUGGUGUCUUUUAACGCGAAAGCAGAUGAGGCACGAAAGGAAACUGAGCAAAAGCACCAUGGCAGCCCUGAGUGAGGCCGGUGCCCAUCCCAGGCGGGCAGGAGGAGGAAACGUUUCCCAUCCCAUUCCCAGUGCCUGCCCAGGGCACUUGUGCUCCAGAGGGAGCCAGGGUGUGUGUCACAGACCCUCCCCACCAGGACUGGGCCAGGGCAGGACGUGGCCUUCCUACAAAACAGCCUUGGUUUUUGGGCUGUAGGGGCUGGUUCCUCCCUGCUGCCCCCGGCUCCCCCUGGGAUGCUGCAGGGAUUCCCAGCACUGGUCGCUGCCUGUGUGGUCUAUGCAUAAAUUAGCACAAACACUGUUAAAUGCCUUUUGUGUCCUCACCAUCCGUGUGUGUGUGUACGUAUGUGUGUCAAUUUUGACUGCUUUUCUUGGAUCUGGAGUUCUAUUUUAUUGCAGUGAAAGACACUUUGUUAUAUAAUGUUUAUAUAUUUUAAGAUUUGUGCCAAGAGAGGAUGUAUAUUUAAUAAAAAAUUGUCAUUGA